AUGCCAAUCACCAAAUUCGAAGAUAUACCCAAUGAACUUCUACUAUAUAUUUUUGAGUUUCUUGAUGGUUUUCAUCUUAUAUAUGCAUUUGAUAAACUUAAUUUUCGUUUUACUUCAUUGACUAAUGAUGUUCAUCUUCAUUUUAAUUUGACAAAUCUUAAAAAAACUGAAUUUGAUUACGUAUUUGAUUAUAUAUUUCCAUUCAAAAAUAAUGUAUUCUCUCUGAUACUGUCAAAUCGUAAUACUCUCGGUCCGCUUGAAAUGUUCAUUGCUCGAUUUCAAAAUUUGAUUCCACAUAAUCCACUUCAUUAUCUCAAACUUAUCGAUAUACAUACAGAAGCACUUCUUUCGUUCUUGACAGUUGUACUUCCGAAAUUGAUUCAUCUUGUUUCAUUGAGUCUUGUGGAUGUUACGUUUUAUCCCUAUCGACGUCGGCCUAUUAAAUAUAUUAGUGAACAAUUACCCUUACUCACACAUGUUUCUUUAUCAUUCAGACAACAAUUAUCAUAUCCAUCUUGGAUUUUGACACAACUUUAUUCAACAUUUUCGACUAUUGAAUAUUUAUCAUUGUAUGGUUUUUCGUAUGAUAUCACUCGUUUGCCAGACUUAUUUCAACAUUUAUACAAAAUUGAACAUCUCGAAAUAAAACUCGAUAUUGAUGAUGAUAUUGGUUGUUGGGGUCCUUGGAUAUUAGAUUCUGUAUUGAUUCGAAAUGGUGGACAACAUCUGAGAUCACUUAUCAUACAAAUUGAAUUUCGUUUGUUAUUUGUAGAAAUUGCAUCAUUCUUAAAAUAUUUUCCUCAAUUAAAAAAUUUGUCACUUGUUACACAUGAAUUCACACAUGACAUUCAAUUUUAUGAUGGCGAAAAAUGGGAAGAAUUAAUUCAGACAGCACUUCCUUGUUUAAUUUCAUUUCGUUUAUAUUUGAAAUCGAAAAGAUUUACUUCCGAUAUAAGUCUAACUGUUAUUAUUGAUAAAUUUCGUAGUUCAUUCUGGAUAAAUGAAAAGAAAUGGUAUAUUGUAUGUGAUAAAUUCACGAAUGAAUUUAUUCAACUUUAUACAAUACCUUGUCCAAAAAAUGUUACUGUUACUCUUAAUAUAAUCUCAUCGAAUUGGGAUACAACACUUCCUUCGUUUAAUUUAUCAACAUUUGAUUCUAUAACUUGUCUCAUCGUAAAUACUACUGAACUUCAACAUAAUCAAACUCCAUUACCAUAUUUUAAUAAUAUUAAAUCACUUCAUAUUUUGUCACUUCCAACGAAAAACUAUUGUUUAUCACAACAUAUCAAUUUAUUACAAAUUGAAUCAGCUAUCGAUAGUCGAUGGAUACCAUCACAUCGAUAA